ACUUGCAGGAUUUUUCAAGUGACUUUCAAUUGGUAGGAUGAAAAAGUUCAAGAGAAGGCUGUCCCUCACACCUCGAGGAAGCCAGACUAUUGAUGAGUCAUUAUCUGAACUGGCUGAACAAAUGACCAUUGAAGAAAACAGCAGCAAAGAUAAUGAGCCUAUUGUGAAGAAUGGCCGGCCUCCCACAUCUCACAGCAUGCACUCCUUCCUGCACCAGUACACAGGGUCUUUCAAGAAGCUCCCCUUGCGGAGACCCCACAGUGUUAUUGGAGGCAGCCUUGGCUCCUUCAUGGCAAUGCCCAGAAAUGGAAGCAGAUUAGAUAUUGUUCAUGAGAAUCUAAAGAUGGGAUCAGACGGUGAGAGUGACCAAGCUUCUGGGACAUCAUCCGAUGAAGUCCAGUCACCUACAGGGGUUUGUCUUAGAAAUCGAAUACAUAGGCGGAUCUCAAUGGAGGAUUUAAACAAGCGGUUAUCCCUGCCUGCAGAUAUCAGAAUACCUGAUGGAUAUCUUGAAAAAUUGCAAAUCAACAGUCCACCAUUUGAUCAACCGAUGAGCCGAAGGUCUCGUAGAGCUUCUCUAUCAGAAAUUGGAUUCGGGAAAAUGGAAACCUACAUCAAAUUGGAAAAGCUUGGAGAAGGCACAUAUGCAACAGUAUAUAAAGGCAGAAGUAAAUUGACAGAGAAUUUGGUGGCUUUAAAAGAGAUCCGCUUGGAACAUGAGGAAGGAGCGCCCUGUACAGCUAUACGAGAAGUUUCUCUACUAAAGGAUUUAAAACAUGCGAAUAUAGUAACCUUACAUGACAUUGUUCACACAGAUAAAUCUUUGACUUUGGUCUUUGAAUAUCUGGAUAAAGACCUGAAGCAGUACAUGGACGACUGCGGGAGCAUCAUGAGCAUGCACAACGUGAAGCUGUUUCUAUACCAAAUUCUACGUGGCUUGGCAUAUUGCCACAGAAGAAAGGUGUUGCAUCGAGACUUGAAACCACAGAACCUCCUCAUUAAUGAAAAAGGAGAAUUAAAGCUAGCAGAUUUUGGACUAGCCAGAGCCAAGUCAGUCCCUACGAAGACCUACUCAAAUGAGGUGGUCACGCUGUGGUAUCGGCCCCCUGAUGUGCUUCUUGGCUCUUCAGAGUACUCGACACAGAUCGACAUGUGGGGUGUUGGUUGCAUUUUCUUUGAAAUGGCUUCGGGAAGACCUCUGUUUCCAGGAUCAACUGUGGAAGAUGAACUACACUUAAUUUUCCGACUACUAGGAACACCGUCUCAGGAAACUUGGCCAGGUGUUUCUUCAAAUGAUGAAUUCAAGAACUACAACUUUCCUAAAUACAAACCGCAGCCUCUAAUAAACCAUGCACCCAGGUUAGACUCUGAAGGAAUUGAAUUGAUAACAAAAUUUCUUCAAUAUGAAUCUAAGAAAAGGGUUUCAGCAGAAGAGGCCAUGAAACAUGUAUACUUUCGAAGUCUGGGACCAAGAAUACAUGCUUUACCAGAAAGUGUAUCGAUAUUCACUUUGAAAGAGAUUCAGUUGCAAAAGGACCCGGGUUUUCGAAAUUCUUCUUAUCCAGAGACAGGACAUGGGAAGAACAGAAGACAGAGCAUGCUCUUUUAAGUCUGAUAACAUGGUUUCAAGCCCAGCCCCCAGCCUUUCUUGUCAAUCAAGGACUCAGAUCUGAAGGCAGUUAUUUCUUUUGGUGGACUUGGAAUCUCCGUUUGUCUGCACUGUCCUCUUCACAGUGGAGUCUUUUUAUUUCAGACCUGCAGAUUGUUUUUAUAUUUGUUGUCACAGUGUGACAAUUUUUUGUACAGUCGGUUUUAAGGUCUUCUCUGCCAGUAGAGCCAGGAGGUUACAACUAUUGAUGUAACUGUAGCUGCAGUUUUUGUGCAGGACUGAGAAACACAGUGCAUUAUUUAUUGCGGAAUCAUUGCUGCUAAAUAACUACUGUCUGUUUAUUUAACACAACAGUUGAAUGCCUGAAGAAGUUGCAGUGGCUUCAUUAUAUGUGAAUGCAUCUGUUUCUCCUCAUGGAUCGUUUUACUGCUGCAUUUUUGUUUGUUUUUAAAAUUAAACUGCAGUGUUUCCUGGGAUAUAUAUUUAGCUUUGCUUCACAGUAAAAUUAAGUGAGCCAUCUUGAACACUCUUAAGUUUGUGUGACAUGAUUUCUUAUUGAACAUUGGCAGAUAGAGUAGCUAGCAGUUGAUAACCACAUUGUUUAGGAAAGCAUGUUGAUGCAGAAGUUGAUUCAAGCAAGUGAAUACCUGACAUUUUGGGUUUCUCACGUUAGACACCAAUAAAUUAAAGCACCAAGAUUAUUUAUUGUUAUCUAUUCCUCAUUUUAGAAAUGUCUGCUGCAUAUUACUGGAUAUUUGUAUACUAAUAGACUUUAACUAUUUUACAUUGUGCUUUCAUUUAGUUAAUACUUAGCCAUAUAAGUUCAUUUAAACAUGAGAGUCUUGCUUGUGUUUAAAUAGAUUUCUUUUACUAGAAAGGAUGAUACUUCAUACGGACACAGUUUAUUUCAUUUGGGGGCUGUGUAUGUUUCAAAACAUUCACUUGGGAUCAGCAUAAAGCUGUAAUAUGUCCUUGAAAUGAGCCAUGACAAAUUUCAUACGAGAGAAAUGAGAACUUCGAGGAUUGCUUUCAGGCAUUGUAGGAAUUAUCUUUAUCAGACAUAAUAAAUAUUACAGUUUUAAUUAUGCAUCUCCUUGAGCAUCACAGACACAGGGCGGUGUUGGUAGCAGUGCUUUAUGCAUUUCUGUUCUCCUUUUAGAACUAUUUUUAGUGCAUCUUACAAACUAGAAAUCUUAAUUGGUAUGUUUUGAAAUGGUCAUGUAAAUUUUUGCCUUAUAUAUCAUGAGAAUAGUCAUAACUUAAUUUUUUUCCUGACAUUCACUGUAAAACAUUCAGGGGUCCUACCAUUUCUGUUCAGGAAAUCUUGUAGUUUAUUGUUAUUUAACAGUAUUAAAUGGAUUUUUGUAUAUUUCAUUUUAACUUUAUUUUGUGAAUAGUGAUUGUGGCAUGUUUGGGAUAUUAUUUUAAUUUUUCAUGAUACUGAAAUUUUAAUUUUAAAAAAAUAUUCCUGAAAGAAACAGAUUCAUGUGUGAUGGUGAAUAUCGGACCACUACUGCUUUUCACA